AUGCUUUUCAAGAAAGCCUCCUACGGUGCUCAUCCCUGGCUAAGCAGUGUCUUGUGGAUAACUUCUGCAGUGGCUGGUUUUAUCUCAAUUACACUGGCAGUUUCAGUACUCUUAGAUCCUGAAUUCGCAAAAUCGGGUGUCUCCAUCUUCCGCUUCAAUUUUACAAGCCUUUUCUCCACUCAGUUUCUCUACGAGCGACAGGUGGAACUACUCUCUAUCCCAGAAGCUUCAUCAGAAGAUGUGCCGCCGAUAAUUGCCACUGCGGUCGAAGGUGCGGCGUCAGAUAUUCAAGCUGCACAGACCUCUGUCAGUGCUGCUUUACAGGCUGCUGCAACAGAUGCUGCGACAGCCGUACAGUUAGGCCUGAGUACAGUGAUACCAAAUAAUAUGUCUAUCGGAUUAGGCAAAGUCUGUUUUGGAUGGGAAAAUAACUCAACCCCGGACUGUCACGGUCUACCUUUCAAUAUCUCGUCCGUUGUGCCCGGUACUGUGUCAGAAAUUCUGAGUGUUCCCCUACAGCAGCUUCAAGAGAUCGAGAACAAAGUUGUAUCUGCGAUACUAGAGACAGUCCGUGGCUCACUGAUUGCGGCCAUUGUUCUACCCCUAUUGUUCUUCCUCUUGCUACUUUUCUGGGAGUUCCCGAACGACUUGUGGAUGCGGGCUAUCAUGACCCCAAUAGGAUUUGCAUGCUUAGUGGUCCCAUUUUUGAUCUCUACAGCAGUCAUGAUUGUAGUACAGUCUGAUAUUAGCAAAAAAAUUGACGACAGUCCCUUGAUAUCCGUGCAGGAUGGUGGUGCUAGCAAACUCAUCUUGGUGGGAUUUGUCUUUUCGAUUCUGAUGUUUGGAGCAACAGUGAGCAUCACCUUUAGUUAG